UUUUGAUUGUCAAGAAUUGCAGCACAGCAUCCCUAAGGAAAAUUUACGUUUACCCCUGCCAUCCCACAAUGUCCGUUUCAUCUGGUAUUGACAUCAUUUGCCAGUAUUAAUAGGAAGCUCGAGGCGAUUUAGGAAGACCAACACAUCAUUUACGAAGAUGAACAACAGCCACCAACCUUCACCGCCAACGGGCAACGGGAAUUAUCCCCAGCCUCCCCGGUCCACCCCCGGCCUCAACUUCCAAAUCCAACCUUUGCAAUAUAGCCGUCCCCAGUUUCUGCAAGCGCAGCCCCACCGAGUGUUGACGGAAGUGGAAAAUCGAAACAUUUUUGCUUCCGGCGCAAUUGUUUUGCCGACGAAUGCUGGGACGUCCUCGAGCGCUACUUCUAGUCCGAAUUACGGCUAUGCUAGUGGGAUCAACAACAGCCUUUCCUACCCAGCUCGUAGCUCCCAGCUUCCACUCCAGCGCGUUUUGCAGCAACAGAUAUUAAGUCAAAACCCACAGCAUCAGCCGUUACUGGAAAAUGACCAACAAGUCGGAGGCACCUUGUCGUCACCUCGCGGCAGAAGUCAGCCCGCUGCUGUACCAACCUCCUUUCACGAUGGGUUCCCGCAGGCACACGAACAAACAAGCAGUUUCGUCGUGGGACAACUACAAGAAGAUGCACAACAAGCCGCUUUAAACGACGACCCCCUGCAAGUUCGCGUUUACAGCGAUGAGUUAUUGCAGCAACAGCAGCCGCGCCAGUCGAGAAAACGGUGUCGGAUCUGCUUGCUGGAAGAGGGAGAAACGGAAGAUACGCAGCUCGUUAACACCAACAACACGACUUCUACAGAUAGUUUCAAUGAUGAAAACGCGCUGAUCUCCCCCUGUCUCUGCCACAACUUCAACAGCCGCUUCGUGCACCGCAGAUGCCUGGAUGCCUGGCGCGUAAACGGAACGAGCUACAACGCCGCUGCGUUCACGCAUUGUUGCGAGUGCAGUUUCGAGUACCAGCUGAGGUUAGUUACAAACGUGACGAGCAACGGAGAACGGGAGCAGGCGGAGUUUCGAAAGAAGAUUCUGAAAAAAUCCUGCUUCUACUUCUGGCUGUUUCAACUGGUGGUGAUAUUAUCUGCCGUCGUUACCGCGGGUAUUGACAUCUAUUUUCUCCACGAUGAGCUCCGGAAAGCGUUUCCCGCUUGGAUUCGGAGGAACAAUUUCGAGGAAGAGUUUUUCUUCGGGCUAUCACGAGAAAAAAGUGUUACAGUUACACAUUUGUUCGAGUUUCUGCAUCACAAAUUUCCUCUGUGUGGCAGGGAAAACUUGCGAAGAUCACAAGGGAAAACAGGAAGGAAACGAAGCUCGCAAGCAUUUCCUGCAUGACAAAGGUUGUCUGUCUUGCGGCUCCUGCAACACAAUGUGUAACUGUAACACUUUUUUCUUGCGAUACGGGCGGAAGGGAGUGUACUACGUCUAUGGUUUGGUGGAGAUUUUGUGCGUCGUUCUACUGGUUUACAGCGUCUACGGCUGGUAUCGGUUGUUGAAGCGGCUGAUUUUCGGAGUACCGUCGGUGCGCGGAGAUGGACAACCACAACAAGAUUCGGCGAGCGUUAUGCGGCCUGUAAUUGGUGGUGGGAAUGGGAUACUUGCGGCGUCCAAUCAACUGUCACCUGCAACUCCUACUUGUAUCGCGCAAAGAUUGCCGCACGGGCAGGUUCCCAGCGGCGGCCAAAAUGUAGUCGUGGGGCCAACACCAGAAUCGAGCCGAGCGCAGGAAACUCGACGGGCCGCGGAUGAACAGCAGAACAAUGACCAGCACCCGCUUCCCCAACAAGACACGACCUGGCUUGGUUCGCGCGCGUUCGUCUUGCGUCCGCAGUACCAACGGUUCCAAAACCGAUACCGCUGGAACAACUACCGCUGGCGACGAGGCAGGUUCUUCUGGGGCCCGCCCCGGCCCUUUUUCUGGUUUGGGCCGAGAUUCCGCUUGCUAUUCGCAAUCCGGAGUCUGUUUUGCUGUUUCGUACCGAGGAUGUGGGUCUGCUGCUGCAACUUGUUUUCCUGCUGCUGCUGCGGCACCAGAGGAGGACGUGCGGCAGCCUCCCACCGGGGCAUCGUUCACAACUGCGCGCACAACACGCGGGUGCUGUUUCAGCAGUAUUUCCAAGAAAACAAAUUUCUCCUCCUCAUCCUCGCAAUCGGAUUAGCGGUUUCGUUCACUUUCAUGGGGUUUGUCACCGGGUUGUUUCUACUUCUUACCGCGGUGUACCAGGUCUAUCUGGAUUACUUGCGGAUCGGCCAGAUCCAGGUGCUCAGCCAGAAGUACAUCGUGGAAGACUUAAGCAGGUUUCACGAGGAUGAGGAAAACUUCCCGAACAACCUCGCGGAGGCGAUUGGGAUGGGAAGAAUUGGUGGAAAUGAUUAUACCACAACGGCGUUGGUUUCGAAUCAUCAAAACCUUGCAAGUUCUACUUUCAGCUCGACAUCUUCACACCAACACCACCCACGCCAUCCAGCCAUUCUGCCAUCCGGCUCUGCUCUAAUACCAGACGAUGGUCACGACGAUGAGAACAGCAUCCGCCCGUCCGCGCCGCCGAUAGAAAACGAGGACUUGAAUCGCCUGCAACUGAUCGACCCGGUGCAUCAGGGCAGAUUGGUGCACGAAUUCGAUCCGGAAACAGGGUCGAUUCAGGCACUAUGAAUUGCAAAAGUAUCGUAGCAGUAGUAAUUCUAAUUGCAAUACUUACAAAUUCGCUCAGCGUGACAAAUGGAAUUUGUCAUGCUGAAUUUGUCAUGCUGAUGUGCCUUGGGAGCCAGAUUUGUGAUGCAUGACUGCGAUUACUACGAGUGCGAUACUUUUGCACAGGAUAGUCACGGGUGCGCUAUGAUUUGGAAGAUUGGGCAAAUGUUUUGUCGUGAUGAAUGCCUUCAUGGGGAGAAGCGCGAGGUGGUUUGUUGAGACGCAAGGACUUACUUACCAAAAAAUGCAUGCAAGAAGAAGAAUUAAAGCUGUCCCACACUGUAUACUGUGUACCAGUUGUGAAUGAAUUGAAUUUGAGCAGAGCUACUUUUGACCUGUACGAUGAAUUUUGAAUGUCUAUGUUCUUCCAAACGGACAAGAGACAAUAGAUUGAUGUACGGGAAGAUCAAGCACGUCCACUUGGUUCAUCGCAAAACAAGGCAGGCCAGAACAAAGGAGAGGAACAAC